AUGCUAAUGUUUACAACCAUUAAACUGGCAACAGUUUCCUUGUGACAGCCGUGAUAUAUUCCACAUCAGUGCGUGAUAUCAAGUAGCAUUCAAAUAAUGUGAAACAAAUAAAUGACCGCUUUAUUCAGUCGGCGUCCAAAUGGAGUGGGUGUUCAUCAUGAACCGGGUGAGCUCUCAGGGCAGCUCCGCAGCCCAGCGGAGGAGGAUGGCCCUKGGGGUGGUGAUCCUCCUGCUGGUGGAUGUCAUCUGGGUGGCCUCCUCUGAGCUGACCUCCUACAUCUUCAGGCGUCAGGAGUACAACAAGCCCUUCUUCAGCACCUUCACCAAGACGUCCAUGUUCGUUUUGUACCUGCUGGGCUUCCUGCUGUGGCGGCCCUGGAGGCAGCAGUGCACCGGCACUUUGAAACGCCGCCGCUCUGCGUUYUUUGCCGACGCUGAAGCCUACUUUGCACCCUGCACCAACGACAGCACUGUGAACAACUCUUUGAGUGAACCGCUGUACGUCCCGGUGAAGUUUCAGGAUGUGCCGACUGAUCCCUCCGAGCGUUUGAACGGAGACUGUGAUUAUUCAUCCAAGAAGCACCGAGUGCGUUUCAGUAACAUCAUGGAGGUCCGUCAGCUGCCCUCCGCUCAGGCCCUGGAGGCCAAACUGUCCCGGAUGUCCUACCCUGCAGCCAAGGACCACGAGGCCAUGCUGCACACCGUGGGGAAGCUGACCAUCACUGACGUGGCCAAAAUCAGCUUCUUCUUCUGCUUCGUGUGGUUCCUGGCUAACCUGUCCUACCAGGAGGCCCUGUCCGACACGCAGGUCGCCAUCGUCAACAUUCUGUCGUCCACUUCAGGUCUCUUCACGCUCAUCUUGGCAGCCAUCUUUCCCAGCAACAGCAGCGACCGUUUCACCCUGUCCAAACUGUUAGCCGUGGCUCUGAGCAUCGGAGGCGUGUCCCUGGUGAGUCUGUCCAGCAUGGACGGUCCUGAUGACAAGGGUGUUUUAGGUUCUCUGUGGUCGCUGAUCGGGGCGGUUCUCUACGCCGUCUACAUCGUUAUGAUCAAGAGACGAGUGGACCGGGAGGACAAACUGGACAUCCCCAUGUUCUUUGGGUUUGUGGGUCUGUUCAACCUGCUGCUGCUCUGGCCCGGUUUCCUCCUGCUCCACUACACCGGCUUCGAGGCCUUCGAGCUCCCGAGCCAGCUGGUCUGGACCUACAUCCUGAUCAACGGUCUGAUCGGGACGGUUCUGUCAGAGUUCCUGUGGCUCUGGGGCUGCUUCCUCACGUCGUCUCUGAUCGGGACGCUGGCGUUGAGCCUCACCAUCCCGCUGUCCAUCCUGGCAGACAUCUGCCUGCAGAAGGUGCGUUUCUCCUGGUUGUUCUUCGCCGGAGCGGUUCCCGUCUUCCUCUCCUUCUUCAUCGCGGCGCUGCUGUGUCACUACAACAACUGGGACCCGGUUCUGGUCGGGCUGAGGAGACUUUACGCCUUCGUUUUCAGGAAACACCGCAUCCAGAGACUGCCUGAAGACAGCGAGCAGAGUGAAAGUCUGAUUCCUCUGAACACGGUUUCUCCUCAUGAAGGAAGCUUCUGCUCCUGAUCCAGAUCCAGAGGAGAUCAACGUUCGUCUGAUAAUCUGGAAGCUUUCAGAGAUCCACCCGAGUGCCUCUGGUUCUGUUUAUUUAUUUACAACACUUCCUCCUCACAAACAAACAAACAAACAAACACAUUAUUUAAUUUCUCUUCCUGUUUGUCUGUAAGGAAACUCUUCGGUACGUCACACAGCUGGCUGUUUUAUUUGUUUAUUUUUCAGCGUGGUAAAUGAAACAGUACAUUUUACUGAUCCGGUUCUGGUUCUGACCAUAACGUUCGACUCGGUGUGGAGCAGAAUCAGAACGACACCAAACCUUUGAAGGAGUGAUUCUAGUUUCGACACCACAACACAACWUUUCUGCUGAGUCAUGCUGAGCAGCCAGACAGAUUUAUUGACCAGAAAACAGAUUUUAUCAGAGAAUAUUUAGGUUUUCAGGAGUUUAUUCUGUAAAAUAUUCAGAUCUAAAAUACAUCCUGARAUUUUUAAGAUUUACUCAGAGCUUGGAAYGAUUCUGGCUUUUCUCUGAUCCACACAGGGUCAGAUAUAUACAUACAUACCACAGAUAAUUGGACAAAUGUCCUUCAGCUCAUGUGUCCAUCAGCGAGGCUCUGGUAGAACUGAACUGGUUGGUUUCCURGUUUCAGACCCAACUUUGGAUCMGAAUCCACAACUUGUCUGUCGGGUUGAGGUCAAGUCUUUCCGGAAGGGUCAUUGUCCCGUUGGACCCAAGAACUUGGAGUUAGUCCACCUAACUUUGUCCCACAUCUUGAUGCUAUCACCACCACCAUGCCUGAUUUGGUCCUCCAAAUGUCCUUCUUGUGUCAGUCUUUGUCUCAUUUGACCUUCAAACACAUCUCCAGAAGAAAUUAGUCUCAUCCAUGUGGACAGCUGUAGGUUUUAGUCCAGCUGGAAGCUUUUUUCUUGGUACAUAGUGAUGUAGAACUGUUCUCAGGGACAUGGUUGGUCUGGGACAUGGUUGGUCUGGGACAUGGUUGGUCUGGAACAUUGUUGGACAGGGACAUGUUUGGUCUGGGACAUGGUUGGACAGGCAGAUUGUUGGUCUGGACUGUUGAUCUUCCCUCAGUUCCUCAAACCUUCUAUAUUUUUUGCUGUUUGUAGAUUUUGGUGUGAAUCAGAGAAAAUCCUUGAYAAAUUCAAACUGUAUCUUUUUAAAACUCAAUAAAGCUGUUUGUUGUGUAAACACCUCAGCCUGGUUUCAGGUAAAUGAUUAAGGGUCCAGAAUGUGUGACGCUCGGUCCCACGAUGAGUCAUUCUGAGCUUCUGACCAUUGGUUUGAGUUGUGACGAGAAAUCUGCAUCACUGCCAGGCGUUUUAAACUCUUCGUAACGUUUCUCUGGACUCUGUUCUGAGGAGAACAAACAGAGUAAAAAGCCUUUUUUCUAUAAGCUAAAAUGUGCCUCCAGCAUCAGCUUCUACUCAAAUCAAACUUUUAAAAACAAACCGUAGCAUCAACCGGAGCUGAGCUGAUGUUUGAGUCUGUUUCUUAAAGGAACAAACAUUUUGCUGGUUUUAUGAUUUGCUGACGACUCAUCGCUCUCCGAGCGUCAUGUCGUACAGAAACACUACAGAAACAGCCGAAACGUCAGUUUUUAUUGCACUUGUGGCUGACGCAGAGGAAGCGAUGAAUAAAAAGUUGCACUUGAACGUUUUUUGCCAAUCGUCCAUCCGUCUGUGAAGAUUUCAGAGGAGAAAACUUAUUUUUUAGACAGUUUUCCUAUUUUUCCUAAAGAUUUUUAUCUUCUAAACGGUGCUUGUGGAGUCAUGUUUAAGAUUGUUUUCUUUCUCAGGUUCUUUGUCUUGUUUUUGUUGUCUGAGCACUUUGUUUUGUGUCGAUAAUAAAGAUGUAAAAGUAUCUGAAAAAGGCUCAGUCUGACAGUAAUCUUUUUAUUUUUGAGUCUUUUCAUACUUUGAAGCACUAUUAUUAAAACUUAUCUUUCUAAAACUUG